UGCGGAUAUAUAUGCAGCGAUAGCUCACUCGGUUGUUGCAUCGAUCGCUUCAUCACUCGCUAGCUCAUCACUGCGAGCGGAGACAGCUCAGGAGGGAGGAAGCAAAAGAAGAGAGAGAGAGAUCAAGAGAUAGACGAAGAGAUUUGUCUGUGUAAAUCAAUGGAAGGGCAGCAGUUCGCUUGGGGAAGGGAGGAGGGAGGGUGGAGGAAAGGGCCAUGGACAGCGCAGGAAGACAAGCUGCUGGUUGAGUACGUGAGGCAGCACGGCGAAGGGAGGUGGAAUUCUGUCGCCAAGAUCACAGGUCUGAAGAGAAGUGGCAAGAGCUGCAGGCUUCGUUGGGUGAACUACCUGAGACCUGACCUCAAGCGAGGCAAGAUCACGCCACAGGAGGAGAGCGUCAUACUCGAGCUUCAUGCCUUGUGGGGAAACAGGUGGUCGACGAUCGCGCGUAGCCUGCCUGGCAGGACGGACAACGAGAUCAAGAACUACUGGAGGACGCACUUCAAGAAGGGCAAGCCGUCCAAGAACAUCGAGCGCGCGAGGGCUCGGUUCCUGAAGCAGCGCCGCGAGAUGCAGCAGCAGAGCCAGCUGAUGCAAACCGGCCAGCAGCAGCAGCUCGGCCAAGACGACGACGCCACCAGCGCGGUGGUGGACGACAACCUUGCGGAGGUCGCGCCACCAGCCGCCACCUCGCUGACCCACGACGGCGAGCUCCAGAUAAUGCAGGAGAUGGCGCCGGACAUGGACGACCUGCUGUACUACCACCCGGGAGACAUGUCGCCCUAUUCCUACGACGACCUCCUCGGCAGCGGCGGCGGCGAGUGCGGCGCCGUGGCGGCCAGCGCUGGCGCUGCCGCCUCGACGAGCGAGGGCUCAAGCGAGGAGCUCGACGGCGGCGCCGCCACGUGGGGCAGCCUGUGGAACCUCGACGACGUGGUGCACGACAUGAUGAUCGACUGCGCCGCCGGCGCCGGCUGCUGCUGGGGUAGCUUCCCUCCGCUACAGGAUAAAGGCCUCGCUUUCUACUAGCUAUAGCUUAACGAUUACUAAAUUGCUAGCUAGCUAUAGCUACAAGCCUACACACUCUACAAGUAGAUGUUCCUUUUGGUCUUGUGCAUCGAUCCAAACUGAUAGCACACAGCAGCCUGUGCGUGUGGAGGAGGUCACACGUAGUGACUAUGCAGGUGAGAGCGAGAGGCCAUUUUGUGUACACGAAGUGUUGGUGGAUAAGGAUGCAACACCAACUAUACUCCACUUUGAGUAGCUAGCUCGCCUCGAUGGCAUGUUUGGCUCAUUUGAGAGCGCUUUUUCUAGGAGAAAAAGGAAGGGAAGAGUUUUUUUCUUUGUUUUGCUUUUGGAGAAAGAAUAUAGGAGGACUGCAGGGGGGAAAAUCAGGUGUUAAAAGUGCAUCUGAGCUCUUGAAAUUUGACAGUUGUCCAUUCGAGGCCAUGUACUUCCAGGCAAAUUAUUCUAUACAUCAUGGUGAGAAUUCAUUCA